AAAAUGCUCCUUAAUAAUUAAAAAGUGUAUACAAAAUUUCAUAAAAAUAUCUGGAGUAAUAAGAAAAUUAUGAUAGAAAAACUAUUUUUCUAAAAUUGUAACACCCUGUAGCUCAAAAACUAAGAGGUAAAUAAACUUUUCUUCAUAAAAUCGUACAAAUAUUCACAUCCUGAAGGAUGAGUACUCAAUUAAUUAACACCCUGUAUAUUAGUAACUUCAAUUUUUCCCCCCUAACUGAAACCUAACUUGAAACCUAAUUUUACAAAUUCAUACACAAAAAAAUUAAAAUUCAAAAAAAUACGAGUUAUAGAUUAUUUUUAUUAUCAUUGAGUAGGUACAAUUUCUUACCAAUCUUCCACCACAAAAACAGUCCAAUUAAAUACCAAUUAAAAUGAGUUGUGCUGAAUAAUUUUUUUGUUACAGGCCAGUGUUUGUUUGUUAUGCCUCUGCGGCUUAACGGUGAUAACAGAAGCAGUAAAAUCCACCAUUUACGCGCCCUUACACGUGAUCAGUUUGGACGAUAUAACACCCAGUGAGCGGCGACAAAUCGCCUAUUUGGAACAAAAACUGGAAAGAGCCAAAAGAUCCGGCGCGGAUUCCGGCUCCGGCGCGAUCCUAAACAUAGUAAAAAACUCGAUCGGAAACACCAUCAAAAAGAAACUAACGCAAUUAACCAGAGCAUCGGCCGCCGCUUCGGGCCAAUUCAGCAAAACCAGCAGCCGCAGCGAAGACGAUUACCACCAUUAUCCCCAUUACCACGAAGAGGUCCACCACCACGAGCCGCACCACCACCAGGAGCCCUCCUUCGAUUUCUGGUACCUGAAGAAAUCGGUUCUGAACACGUUGCUUCAAGCCGUCAAGGCGAUCAAAGGCGGCGUGAUAGCGAUCAAGGGCCAGCUGAUCAAAGGCGGCGGCAAGCUGGUCUCGGCCUCGGGGAAGCUGGUGAGCGCCAAGGGCGAGGCCAUCACGAGUUUGGGCAAGAACAUCGCGAUGAACGCCAUAUUGGUGCCUUACCAAGCGUCUUCGUCCAACAAAGGCGCGCAUUAUACAGAUCACGGAGAGGUCGAAGCUCACUACCCAGGUCCCAGCGGGCACGAGGAAGUUUACCACGGGGAUUCCUCGGGUCCCGGUUACGAUUACCAUCAAGCGCCCGUCGAGACCCACCAUCACGAACACCAGCAUCCCUACCACGAAGAAGGAGCUGGGGGGUUGCUGAUACUUAGAAAGGUAGCGAACACGCACCAGCACCAGGAGUCGUACCAUCAGCAGGAGCAACACGUGCAUCCGAGGCAAUCGGCGAGCGCCAGCUCGAUCUUCAGCAAAUUGCUGUCGGCCUCCUCUUCGCUGGAUCCCCACAAGCCGGAUUUGUACGGGGACAACUACGAGCAUGACGGGGACAACGAGCUGGCGUCCGCGCCUUCGGAGCACAAACCUCGCGAGGUCGUCCAAUCGCUCAAACCCGCCAAACAGCAGAGCUUUAUCAAUCAAUUAUUACCAACGCAGAAACCCUUGAGCGAAGAGAAUAGUCAUAAGUACGGGGGGAUCAAUCAAUUAUUACUUACCCAGAAACCUUUGAGCGAAGAGAAUAGUCAUAAGUACGGGAUCAAUCAAUUAUUACCUACCCAGAAACCUUUGAGCGAAGAGAAUGGUUACAAGUACGGGAGUCAGUUUGUAGAGCCUGCGGUCAGGCCUCUGUCGCUCUAUUUGGAGAGUCCCAAGUUGGAGUAUUUGCAGCCUACGCCGAAUGAUACUGGUUCGAAUUUGGAGUACUUGGUGUCUCCUUUGGGCGAGUUGGGCCCGGAGCAACAGCAGGCCCCGUCGAACCAGCCGUAUUUCUACAAGUACCAAACCUCGCAGGAGAUGAGCAUAGUACCAUCGAUAUCGUACGAAAUCAAACAGAACGCCAGGCGAAGAAUAACGUAGAUUUAACUAUUUAUGUAUCUAGUUUUUUAUGUAGGAUUUUUAGUGUAAAAACAAUACAAAUUACCGGUAGUUUUCACUGCAUUUUAAACGGUAUUGAUGCUAUUAUCCUCCUCAGCAACGCGUCCCAAAUGAUAGUACGAUUAAAAUAAAACACGUUCAAAAUAUAUUACAAAAAAAAAAUCAUUCAAAAGGACUAGAUUUCAAAGGAAAGUUACACAUCAAUUUAAGUAAAUCGGCAGUGGAUGCGCUUCGGAAUUGACCACGAACUUGUCCAAGUCCAGCAAUUUGGGAUCGUCGCUGAACAGCAAGUACAGAUACUUGAGCGUCUCCGACAGGAAGAACGACUCCAUCAUGUCCUUCGGUCGAACGUUCGCCGCGUUCUUCACGUUACCGAUCGACGUGUACCCGUUCAGCACCCGCGUGUAGUUCUCGAACCCCCGGAAUAUCCGCCAGCCCCAAUCCUGGUAAGUCGCGUUGCCCGUCAACUGGUACAUGUACCACAAGCUCUCGAUGAACUCCGGUCGCAGGAGGUUGUGCGCGUCGUUCGAUUUCACGUACAUGUCCUUCGGCUUUGUGUUCUCCGACUUGAAACACAAAAGUUUGG